CGCGGAGGAUUUGAGUUUUGUUUGAACGGCUGAACGGAGACAGAGUGGAGCAGGACUGUGUUUUAAGUUGUUUAGCAAUGUAGAAAUGGCAGCAAAGUUAAACCUCUCGGAGCCGCCGGAUUCAGACAAGUCGUCUCUUAGCGACCAGUCCGUGUCCAGCCGGAGCAGCAACAGAAGUCUGAGAGUCGCGGAAAAAGAGCAGAAGAAGAACGAGGCGGAGGACCCGUUUGUUGUGGCCCUCCAGUACUUCUCUGACGUUGAAGCAGGUACUCCUGUGCAUGGGAAUGAUGACGUGGAGAGGAACCUGGUGCUGGUGGAGAAGGUGGCCUACUAUAGGGGACUCACCCCAGAGGCCAUCUCUAUUAUGCUGGAGUUUGCCAUGAGCCUCCGUAUGGGUACUACUCUUUGUGCCCGGGUGCUAAAGUUUCUGAUUCCUGCCAGUGUCGUACCACAGCAGGCAGUUGUUCGAGCGGUGGUUUGGCUGGGGGUUUGCAAAAUACCUGUCACCACACAAAUUCUCUUCAUAAAAUGGGUGUUGACCGUAUUUGACAUGAUUGAUGCAAAGGACCAGCUUCGAGCUGUCUACGGCUUCAUCUUCAGCUUCGUCACUGAUGAAAAUCUGUGUCCUUUCAUCUGCCAUCUGCUGUACCUUUUGACCAGAAAGGAAAGUGUGCGAGUCUUCAGAGUCAGGAAGCUACUGGAGCUACAGUCUAAACUGGGAAGGCAGCCGUUCCUCAUGAACUUACUGUCACUUUACAAAGUGUUCUGCCCUGAACUGGUGACGCUCUCCAUCCCAUCCCGUACUAAGAGUGGCUUUAGGAACCACAAUAUGCCCUGGAAAUCAGCGCUGAUUGCUGUCCAGAAGAGGAACGGCUCCCAGGUUGCCUCCAGCCUUAGUCUGGCAUCCACAGUUAAAGAUAAGACCAACCCCAGGAAAAGGAAACACUGGCACCUGGACUUGCCAGUGUUGAGUGCUGUACUCAGUAAAGAGGCCCAGACUGGGCCGUCUACCAGCAGAAAGGUGGUCCCCCUGGUGCAGAUCCACUCUUUUGCUCAGCUCCUGGAAAAUAUGCACCGUAUAGAGCUGCCCGCUCAGAUGGGCUCACUGCUGGGCUCCAGUCUGGCAUUGCAGUACCUGGACUGUGUACAGGAUGAGUCUGCCCUCCUACGCCUCAACUUCUGGCUAGGCUACGCUCUCCACGAAGAACUUUUGUUUUGUAGCGAUGGAGGAGCCUCCCAGAAUUCAGAAGAGGCUCUGCAGUUUUUGAACAGAUUGCUGUCCACACAGCACUUUCUCCAGGAGGGCUUUUCCAGUUCAGAGACUUUUCUCUACAAAUUCCUCAAUGUUUGGGAUGGUUCCCUCCUCCGCCCACAGAUCCUCGGCCUGCUGAGCAACAUUCCUGUUGUUCCCAGUUCCAAAAUUGGGCAGCUUCUAUUUGAGCCCCUCAUGCAGCUUUUCUUCACAUCAUCACUGUUUUUCAAGUGCGGCCUGAUGGAGUGUCUAAACAAUAUGCUGUUGAAGUGGCUGACCUGGCACUCAGUGUAUGCUCUGGAGGACGACUUGGACAUCAGCCUCAACAGCCACACCUCCAUAAACAUGACUCUGUCUGGGUUCAAGGAUUCAGUGAUGGAGCUGGUUGACUUCGUGGGUCGGCUGGCCUCUGUGGGGCUUCAGCUCGUAGGCUGCCACUCUCUCCUCCUCAGCUUCAUCCUCGACUUCUAUGACACGGUGUGUGACAUGUUUCUGAAGUAUGGGCUCCCCCUUGUGGUGAUGCCUCCACAUGGAGUUUUUUACCCAGCGCUGUGUGCCAGUGACCCUGUUACCAUAGACAGACUGGCCUACAUCAUGCACAGGUACAAGGUGAACUUAACAUCAGCCAAGACUCAAGAAAAAAACACAGAGCAGGCCUUUCACAUCAGCCGCCAGACGUUUCGUGAGUUCAACCACUACACGGUCGUCAUGGUCAACUGCCUAUGGAACUCCAAAAUGUUUCAGCCAGCCAUGGGCGUACAGAUCGGAGAGGAGCUGCUGCUCAAAAGCAACGUGCCAGAAUACUGGAAGAGAUUUGACCUCAUCCACCACCCUGCCUUCAUGAGCUACGCUGUUGACUUUCACCAGAAGUGUUGGCCGGGGAGAAAGGACACGGACCUCAAUUCCAUAAAGCACUCCAAGCCAUGGAGCUGGUACCUGGAGUAUUUGUUCAACCAGGGUUAUGACGGCCUCAAACAGUUUGUUCAGAGCAACAUCAGCCGGAAGCUGACGGCGGGGGACAGCUAGGGCCACGGUCUGUCCACAUGGCGGAGGUAGAUCUUUAACUCAGCAGGCAGGAAAAACAACCACUUCAUCUUAGCUGUUUUUUAAAAAAAAGACUUGUAUAUAUUUCAUCUCCUCCUCUCCUCCAAACAUGCUUUUUGCAAGCUAUCUUUAUAUGUACAUAGAUUUAUCUGUGUUUGUUGUGCAUUCUUACUUAUAGUAUUGUCCAUUCAGCAAUAAUAGACCAUAAAACCCUGGCAGGCAUUUGCUAGAAACGGUAUCAAAAGGUCAGUUAAAACACAUUUUACAGAAAAGACGGUAUGUUUAUUGCAAGAAAACAACCAAAAACAAAAAAACUCAUCAUUGCUCUCAUAUGGAUGCCUUUUUCCACCAGCAAAAGAAAAAAAAUAAGAUCAAAACUCAUGAAAAUAAAAGGUUUUGUUACUCAUUAUGACAAACCUCUCAAGAUAAUAUGAAUAUCCUAAAUAAUGAGAAACUUUCACAAAAGAUACUAAUUAUUUUGAACUUAAGACAUUAUUUUUGUGAGUUUCUCAUAAUGACUUGCAACCCAGAUUCCAAGGUGUUGUGUUAAAAUGUAUAAUAAAAUAUAAUUUGAUAAUUUGCUUAUAUAUUUCAACAUGAUUUCAACUAAAGAAAACAGUUGGAGACAAUAUAUUUAAUGUGCAAACUGAUACAUUUCUGUUUGUUUUUUAAAAAAUACUCAAAGUUAUACGGGACCUUUUUUUUCUUGGAUCAGCUGGGCAGGAAUGGUCUUCAAUAGUAACACAUUUAUCUAUCAGAUCGAGGAGAAAUAUCCACAAAAUCCAUCACAGAAAAUAAUUUAUUGUUUGUUUUUCUUUUCUUUUUUUCUUUUGUACUAAAGAAAAAUACGAAAGAAUAAUAGUAACAAAGCUUUCAGUUAUUCUUUUUCAGUAUUUUCCAUUUUCUUUGCAAUAAAAUCCACCCCGCCCUUCUUUGUUUAAUGUCAACACUCUGACCUUGUACCAGCUAUGGCUUUUAAAAUGCAUUUUACAUUUUUUUUAGCUUACUGUUGAUUUUUUAUGUUGUAACCUUGUACAGCUUGCCAUUUACAAAAACUGACUCUUGCACCUUGAUGAAAAUAAACAAGUGUAAGGCUUUUACUUUAGAAGCAAAUAAAAUGUCUGUAUAAAA